GUAACCACUUAACACCAGGUGGGCCGUCAGCUUGUCCACCCAUCCAAGCAAUAACAAAAAAAAUAACUGCAUUAAUACGACUACGAACUACUUCAGACUACGAACAUGUAUGAAGCUUUCAUUUUAAAAUACAAAGCACAUUAGUAUUACAGUAUAUUGUAUCUACACGAGAUGUACCGUAAAAUGGGGCGAUUAGGGAUUGAGAGGCGAAUGGGGAAAAAAACAGGAAAAUCUUUCGACGCUCAAUAUUAGUAUUAAAUUCGUUGCAAAAUCUUCCAUUUUUUGUGGUUUAAUAGUAGAAUGUUGAAAGUUCACAAAAAAACUCUGAAUAUGCAUGAUAAUAGCUGCUAACUUAUAAAAAAUCGCGCUUCAAAUUAACAUCCUGUGGUGGUAAUUAUUUUAUUGCUAGAAACUUUGCUCUCUUUUAUUUAUUUGAAAAUAAUAGAAGACGACUGUGAUUUAUAAACGUUAUUUAGUGUUUGAACCAUCAUAUAUAUUAAAGAUAUAAUUUGCGUAAUUACUGGUGGUAGGACCUCUUGUGAGUUCGCGCGGGUAGGUACCACCGCCGCAUUAUGGCUUCUUGGCAGAAAUAAACAGGGCUCACAAGACACUCUAUCACGCAAAUAAUUUCGCGGGUUUGAUUUUUAUUGCACAAUGACUUUCCUUCACCGUGGAAGGCAUUCAUGAACUUUACCUAAGCACGUAUUUCAUUAGAAACAUUUGUACUAUUUUGUACCUUUCGGCUAACACCGGUAUUACUCGAUACGAAUCAGCUUCAACAAACUUGACUUGCGCUUUUUUCGCAAAAUAAUUUGGCCGUAAAGUUUUAUUUCCUUUGCUUUUCAUACAGACGAAACAAAAAAAACGAUUUUAAUUAUUAUUCAUAGAUUAAACACUAAACAGUAGGUACAUAUACAAACACCUACAUAAAUUUGAGAUAAUAAUUAUACAUAUGUACAUAAUUACAUACUUAGCUAUCAGAAAAAAAUAAAAAAUAAGAUACUACGUACAUACAUACACACUGAUAUGUACGAUAAUUUUAUUGUACAUUACGUACGUUCCGACAGACUACUUAAGUUUUUGUCAGUGCCUACUUAUUUCUUUGGUUGCGUAGUGGGUACAGCUGGCAGUCUAGCAUCACAGAUCGUGGCUGGAGAAUCAAUCAGACUUGAUCCUAUUCUCGCAUUUGGUUUUUACGGAUUAUUAUUUGGUGGUACAGUUCCUCACUAUUUCUAUGAAACAGUUGAAAGGCUGUUUCCUGAAGAAUCUGCAUCAUUCCCACUUGCAAAAAAGUUAUUAUUGGAACGUUUGAUCUUUGCACCAUUAAUGCAAGCAUUUUCUCUAUAUUCUUUGGCUCGAUUUGAAGGAAAAACUCAUAGAGCCGCUCUGAAGCAACUUUUUGCAUUGUACUUACCAGUCUUAGAAGCCAAUUGGAAAUGGCUUACAUUGUUCCAAGUCAUAAAUUUAGCAUUUAUACCUCCAAUGUUGAGAGUUCUGUUCAUGAACAUUGUUGGGUUUGGCUGGGCAAUGUUCUUAGCAAGCAAAAGACGCAAGCAGAGUCAGAGGAAAGGAGAUUGAACUUUAAUAUCAACUUUGUUUUUCAUGGUGGUGGAUGAUGUUUUAAACCUUACUGUGAUUAUAAUAAGUCAAAAGACAUUUUUAUAUCAGGACCAACUAAUUGUAUGUAGUCUUUAUCCAAUUUCGCUUUAUUGAAUGAAAUAUGUAUUUCUAAGUGAAUUGUGUAAUAUGCUGUUGAAUGUAAAAAUAAGUAACUUGUAUUCAUCAAGAACUGGAUGUUUAUAACGAAACAAGGUUGUUUAGAACAAAUUGUUUGAAUAAUUUAUUUUCACAACAGAAUUUCUUCAUUUUCAGGUUUGUGGUAUUUUACAAUCAGCCUGUAUUUUUUUAAAAGCCUACUUCAAUAACAUGACUUUGUCAAUUCAUGCUCUGUGCAUUUAAUUAUGUAAAUUAUAUUAUAAAAUAAACAUUUUAAUAAUUA